AUGCGCCCGGCGCUUCUACGACUGUUGAAGAGGCCGUCCGCCGUCUCGAUCCUUGACACCCUCGCAGCUACACCGGUCGGAAUCGAACAAUUGGAGUCGAAGUAUAGGUGUUUACGAUGCAGUUCACGGAGCGCCAAACAAGAAUUACCGGAUGAACAUAGAAACAGUCCUGCACGACAUACCCUUGAAAAUCCAAACCGAGGGAAACGGCCAUUCAGCUUUCCCAUCUAUGAUAUCGAGGAAGCAAGUGAGCGGUCAAUCUCUGCGCACACGGAUGUCGCGGAGGAUCAGACGUCUCUCAACACCGCACAAUGCUCUACCAAAGCCCUCGCACUUCGACCGGACAGGCUUGAAUUCGAAUCGGACGUCGGACACCUCAACAACAUUGGAACGCGAUUGGUGGACAGUUCGGAUAACCGAUACAAUCUGGACUUGUGGGAGGAGCUUCUUCGGUAUCGACAGCGCCAUUACGGUGACAAUGGCACGCUUGACAUAUGGGAAGGGCUCACCAUCCGCGUGGAUGGAGUCCGGCUUCCAAUCGACGGAGAACAAGCAGAUUUCUUCUGGCAGAGCUUUGUGGACUUAGGAUUGAGGCGAAGGCUGUUCCUUAAAGAUGUUUUUGAAUAUGCCGUCAAUCUCCUGGAGAAAUCCAACAGCCAAUGGCCGGGGCUGUAUGAGCGUAUCGUUGGUGGGCUUCUUGAACAGGGCGCGCCGAAUCGCGCGGUUGAGUGGCACAAGAAGCUUCAGGACUCUCAACUGGCAAGCCCAAAUGACGCACUAAAAAUAUUACCCUCGGCGCUCCGUCUAUCGUCUCUUCCGGCUGGCACGGAAUUUACAACCUCGGUCGACCUCGAGUUCUUGUCCUUACCACCGGGAUUGAAGGCAUUCCAGGCCAUAUGCUCCGCAGUCCCCGGACAUCAGUUCUAUGGACCAGUCAUUGCAAUGCUUAUGCAUCAGGGCCAUGGAGAGGCAGCAAUUUUGAUGCACUAUUUCCUCGCGAAGCGUCAGGAUCAUCCACAAACGCCUGAUGAUAUACAACCCUUGCUGGACUACGUUGAGAAGUUCGGUCUACGGACAGAGUUCAAUCGGCUCCGCGGUUAUGUCAAAAAGCGAUUUGAUACACAAGCCUCGAUUGACCAACCUGGUCCGAAGCCCUUGGCCCAAAGAGGAGAGAAAGGCCAAGACGAAAAACCUUUCAAAGACGACCUCGGGGCCAAACUGUUUGCCACUCGGGCUCUCAACUUCGAUAUGGUUGUAGGUGGUCUGAAGAUGCUUGGUGUAUCAGAGAUCGGUCCCCGGACCUUGCGCGAGCUGGCCACCAGAACCAACGGUAAUCAGGAUCUACUGGACAAGCUCAAAAUCCUCAAGCAGUCUGGAAUAUCCGUUGGAAACACCGUGUUCUCUCGCCUGAUCCAAAAGCUUGCCGCCCAAAAUCGGGACAUUCUCCUCUCAGACAUUCUGCGCAGCGACCAACACCCUGAUAUUCUCGAAGACAGGCGCACCCAGGAGUCAAUGUUAUAUUCUUACUACAUGGCUCGGGAUUGGCGUUUGUACAAUAUGACUUUAGCCAUAUUAACUGAACUAUACCCAGGUGCACCUGAUCUCUACGAUAUUCAUUUCAGGAAGCACAUCGCAGCCUGGGAACUUGGCUCCGCAUGCAAGGUUGCCGACGAGCUAGCCCUACAGAACCGGACAUUGGGUGAAGAGAGCGUGGAUUUCAUGGCCGAGCAGGUCCUCACCCCUCGCCGAAUGAACCAUCGCCCGCCGCCAGGCCAACGUCUCUCCGCCGUCGAGGAAGUGGUCUUCAUGUUCAAGAUUCUCAAGCGCGUGGUUCCCGCAGGAGGCUAUGUUAGCGCGGCAUUCUGGGUAGAGAUGCUCAAGCGUCUCGGCAUGGCCGAUGCAUGGGCAGACUGGGACAAACUUGAACAAUGCUGCCGCUGGCUCGUUAGCCAAUACGCAGACAACGAUAAAGAACCGCGGGCGCAUAUCUCGCCCAAAGUCGAGGCCUCUACGCAAACGAACGGUCGCGACCGACGAAUGCUUGACCUAGUCUUCACCCCACAAAUGCAAGCCGCCAUCGUCUCCUGGGGUUUCAUGUUCCGCGUGCUUGACACCACCGCGUCGAGAUUCGCCAUUCCUCAUCCUAAGAAUUCCGGCGAGAAACUCAUUCCCUGGGUUCGGGGUCUCAUUCUACUCCGAGAACUCGAACAAUCAGGCCUCCGCCUUGACAAGCGUUUAAUUUCCCAAGCUGUACGACACCGACUUGCCAUGCUCUACAGCCACCACGUUGUUUCGGCGCGACGCAUGAACCGCAUGCUGCGACGUCGGAAUCCAUACCAUCUACAACAAGUGAUGAAUGAUGUAUUCCAGGCCUGGGGCGACGCAUCUCUUUUCGAUGGCAUGGAGCAGAAUCUGGCGCAGUUAGUCAAUCCGCCUCGGUCGGCUAGGUCGAAGAAGCGGGCUCCGGGGAUACGUUUGUCACGGAAAGGAUUAUAA